UUUGGCCGGACUGAGGUCAUCGACAACACCCUGAACCCCGAUUUCCUGCGCAAGUUCGUCCUCGAUUACUUCUUCGAGGAGAAGCAGAACCUGCGCUUCGACCUNNNNGAUGGGGACCCCAAGAGCCCCGCCCUCUCCAAACACGAUUUCCUGGGCCAGGCCUUCUGCACCCUGGGCGAGAUCGUGGGCUCGGCCGGCAGCCGCCUGGAGAAGCCCCUGAUUGGCAUCCCCGGGAAGAAGUGCGGCACCAUCAUCCUCCUCGCCGAGGAGCUGGGCAACUGCCGGGACGUGGCCACGCUGCAGUUCUGCGCCAACAAGCUGGACAAGAAGGAUUUCUUCGGCAAAUCCGACCCCUUCCUCGUUUUCUACCGCAGCAACGAGGACGGGACCUUCACCAUCUGCCACAAGACGGAGGUGGUGAGGAACACCCUGAACCCGGUGUGGCAGGCGUUCACCAUCCCGGUGCGCGCCCUCUGCAACGGCGACUACGACCGAACCAUCAAGGUGGAGGUGUACGACUGGGACCGCGAUGGCAGCCACGACUUCAUCGGGGAGUUCACCACCAGCUACCGGGA